AUGGAUUCAGAAGACGAGUUCAUGUCAGACCCACCUAGUGGAGAUGAAAUUGAUUUCGAUGAAGGUACACAGGACAGUGAUAUUGCCAGUCUCGCAGAUGACUUUGACCAAGACCAGGAUGGCGGCUUUGGCAACGAGAAAGACAUUCUUAUAAGUCCUCGAAAACCCUACGAAGUCGACUACAAGGUUUUGAGUCCCGAUGAUAUCAAUUCUCAGCAGGAACAGCAGUUCAAAGAGGUCUCCUCCAUCAUCGAGCUACCUGUCGAACAAACCGCUAUCCUCCUCCGAUUCAUGAGAUGGAACAAGGAAAAAUUGAUUGAAUCAUACAUGGACAACCAAGAUAAAGUUCUCGAGGCUGCCGGCUUGGGACCCACAUUUGCAGAGGCUCCGAAAACGAAGAAGGUCGAGGGUUUCACUUGCGAGAUCUGCUUCGAGGACUCUCCAGACCUAGAGACGUAUGCCAUGAAAUGUCACCACAGAUUUUGUACCAACUGUUAUACCCAUUAUCUCACACAAAAGGUGAAGGAGGAAGGGGAAGCCGCUAGAAUCGAGUGUCCCUUUGACGGCUGCCAUCGGAUUGUGGACUCCAAAUCCUUGAGGCUGUUAGUCGACCAGAGUGUCAUGGAUCGCUACCACGUCCUGCUCACUAGAACUUAUGUGGACGACAAGGACAAUCUGAAGUGGUGCCCGGCUCCUGAAUGCGAGUAUGCCGUGGAUUGCCCUGUCAGGAAACGCGAUCUCGGUCGAAUUGUCCCCACGGUCCGCUGUAACCACGACCACACAUUCUGCUUUGGGUGCACGCUAGCAGAUCACCGUCCGGCGCCCUGCUCUCUCGUCAAGAAAUGGCUGAAGAAGUGCGAGGAUGAUUCAGAAACCUCGAACUGGAUUUCCGCCAACACCAAAGAGUGCCCCAAGUGCAACUCAACCAUUGAGAAGAAUGGAGGUUGCAAUCAUAUGACCUGCCGAAAAUGUAAACACGAGUUUUGCUGGAUGUGUAUGGGCCCUUGGUCGGAGCAUGGAACUAGUUGGUACAAUUGCAACCGAUUCGAGGAAAAAUCAGGAGCCGAUGCUCGUGAUGCCCAGGCGCGUUCUCGACACUCGUUAGAGCGAUAUCUACACUACUACAACCGUUAUGCCAACCACGAACAGUCUGCUAAGCUUGACAAGGAUCUGUGGCUCAAGACCGAAAAGAAGAUGACCAGCCUUCAAUCCCAAUCUAACAUGUCGUGGAUCGAAGUGCAAUUUCUUGACACGGCCUCUAAAGCCCUGCAAAAUUGCCGACAGACCUUGAAGUGGACUUAUGCCUUUGCCUUCUAUCUUGCUCGCAACAACAUGACUGAGAUCUUCGAGGACAACCAGAAGGAUUUGGAAAUGGCGGUUGAAAACCUGAGUCAGAUGUUCGAGAAGCCCGUGCAGGAGCUCGGGAACCUGAAAGUUGAGAUUCUCGACAAGACAACAUACUGUAACCGGAGACGAGAAAUUUUAUUGAGCGACACGGCCGAAAACUUGAAGAAAGGUUCGUCGACCCCAAGCAUUUUCUGCUACCUCUUAUUAAUCUAUCUUGACAGACCAAUGGAAGUUCAAUGUGGAAAUAUGACAUAUCACGAAUACCUAGGUAGAUAA